AGUUCUGUGCGUGUGUGUGUAUUUUAGUGGGAUCCACUUGAAAACCAUGUGGUCCUGGGAUUCCUCAUUGGUGAAGGCCACACAUACGCUUCUCACAACAACAAAAAAUCAGGGCUGAACCUUAAAUGCAGUAGAAGCUUCACAGGUUUCUCUAAAAUGUUCAAUGUGCAUGUCCGGUUGUUCCAUGGUUCAGUACUUUGGGUCGAACAAGAGCUUAACAGCAAAAUUCACUUUUUCAAUUCAAUGUUUUAUUUUCCAAAGACAUCCAUCCAUUCUAUGCCUUUCUGUGGCUCCUCCCAGUUGAAACCUGCUGGUGGCAGUCAAAGCUCAGUGGCCUCUUCUGUCUGAGAACAUCAUGGCGUCAACAGGAAGUUGCAUAUUUCAUGCUUGUGUUUGGCAAACAAAUCUGUCACUCCAGUGUCUGUCUUGAAGUUCUAUCCAAAAGCAAACAAUCCUGGCGGCCUCGGACCCUGCGCACGCCGUGUCCCCGCUAACCACAUAUUUGCAUUGCGCCCACAGCAUGCGCAAGGCUGCACGUCCAACACGAACGCCAGCAGCCCAGCCUCUCCCCCGAUCGACGACACUGCCCCGCCCGGUCGGACGUAUCGCCCUGUUCCCAUGACGACUGGGGCAGGAAGUGUCCGUCCGGCUGCCGCCUGCAUGCUGUCCUCUCGCGGGCGGACACGGAAGCUGACAGGAAGCUCUAUGGAUUCUGUAAGAUGGCCGAGGUGUUGGAGGCCAAGGUUGAAGAGUUCAUGGCGAAGGUCGCCAAGGUCUACCGCCAUCACCGGAGGAUCCUUGUCAUCCAACACGUGUCGGAGCUCAAGUUCGUGCAAGACGCCGUCGAGUUGGCGAGGAACCUGACAUCGCUACGGCAACGAUCAUUGCGGCUGCGGUGGAAACUGGAGGAGCUGAAUGAGCGCGUACAGCGACAGGUGGAAGAGCUGUGGAGAGCUGAGGUGGACGUGGACAUGAAGCUGCGAGCGUGUGGGGGCUCCUGCAGGGCGGCGCUGUCGUUCAGCGUCGACCACGACGGUUAUCGGGCACUGAGGGCUGGCGCGGCUGAGAUCGAACGCCAGAGAAGCGAGGAGGUCCCGCCUCCUCGAGAUAUCCCACCAAUCAAACUGCGGCCCACGCUCGUGGGCCCGACCGCGUCCAAAGCGUACAAGCGGAUCCCGACGGUGCGGCGAGAACUGCUCACCCAGUUUGAGGACAUCGGACAAAACCAGCUCUUUGUGGACAAGUCUGAGAAUGUCGCAUCCCAAGAAUCGUAGCACCUCUCCGACAUGCACUACCCAAAAUAUUAUUAAUAUCAGUUAGACAUUGACAAGUAUUGGGGCGUUGAAUUGAUCACCACUGGACUGUCGCAGUUGUCUGAAUCUGAGCAGGCAUCAUCAGUCCAUGCACAAGGCUUGCUAGGACAGGUUUUUGGUGUGGAACCACGUUGGCGCCAUGCCCCAAACCCCGAAUGGUGUCAUUUAUUUUCGAAUGCACGACUCAUUCAGAUGCCUUGCAGAGGCCACAGUCCGUCACCAAGAGUCAUUGGGUAGAAACUCCCUCCAUAAUAUUCCAUUCCGUUGUAAAAAAAAAAAGAGGUUCUAAAAUAAUAUGAUAUAUUAUAUAAAUGUAUUAGAAAUAUAUGUUAGUAUUCGGUGCAUUAAAAAGGUCUAUUUUUCCUGCUGAAUUCAGUACAGGCGACAUAGCUCGUUUACUUCCCGGUGUGUAUUAUUUAGAGUGCUAUACUCACCUUUUUAUUUUGUAACAUUGUGUGUUACAGUUUUACACUGUGGUUCAGUAACGUCCAAAAACAAGUUCCGGCUUCAACUGGAUUUACUGAACGCUUGUGUUUAACUGACUGAGAAACUGCACCACUGGUGAGACCAGAACAGUCAGAAAGAAAGAAAGAAAGAAUGAAAGGUCAUUGUUUACAAUAAUUUGUCAUUUUGUAUUAUGUGUCAUUGAAAUUGCAUGUAUCAAAAGUAUUUGCGGUAUCGGUGAGUACUCGCAUUCCUAAUUCUGACAAUGUGUAUGUCUUCUGAAUCAAAGAAUAAAAAAUUGGGCUAUAUAAUGAUUAUCA